AUGGAUUUUCACCAUGUUUAUAAACUUUUUAGCUCCACGUAUCACUCGGACUCGAGCGUACAGAAACAAGCCGAAUUGCAAUUAAAGCAGGUAGAGGCAACACCGGGCUUCAUUUCUGUGCUUCUUCAAAUACUCGUAUCUCAAGAGACCGAACUUGCAACGAGUCAAGCCAUUUCUAUUUACCUGAAAAACCGAGUUCGAACCUCGUGGGAAUACGAAGACUCUAAGUCAUCAAAUAUUGUACCCAUUGACCCUCAAGAUCGUGAACAGUUUAAAGGAAGCAUACUGCGCGUAUUACUAGAAGUACCUAAUGCCGUAAGGUUACAGCUUAUCGACUCGCUGGGUAGAGUCCUUUCCAACGAUUAUCCCGAAAAAUGGCCAGAUUUUAUGACUCAAGUGAAUGCCCUCCUAUCAUCAAAUGAUUUAAAUUACGUGUAUAUAGGACUAUUGGCGUUACGGCAGGUUGUUAAAGUUUAUCAGUGGAAAGCCAGUGAAAGUAAUAUACCCCUUUUGGAAAUAGUCCAACAAACUUUUCCCAUUAUUUUGCACAUAGCGCAAAAUUUACAUAAUGAAAUUAGCUUGGAGGCAGCCGAAAUGCUAAGAAUUGUUGUGAAGAUUUACAAUUCUGCAACACAAUAUGAACUUCAUAAGCCGCUUCAAGAGGAUUCUUCGAUUGUACCGUGGAUCACAUUAAUGUUGCAAUUGUUUGAAAAGCAUAUUCCUCAAGAGAUAAUACCCACAGACAUCGAAGAGCGGCAAAGAUUUAUUUGGUUUAAAACCCAGAGAUGGGCAUGCAAAAAUUUGAAUAGGAUUUUUUCAAGAUAUGGAAAUCCUGCACAACUCGCGACAUCAUCCACGAAAUAUAAUGCAUUCGCGGAAAAAUUUGUACAUCAUUUUGGACCGCAGAUUCUUCAGACAUAUCUGCGUCAAGUUGAGCGUUGGAUUAAACGCGAAAUAUGGCUAAGCGAUAAAAUUCUUUAUUUUUGUUCGGACUUUUUUAAAGACGCGAUUACCCAAAAAAUUACAUGGCAAAUUAUUAAGCCUCAUACAGAAACAUUGGUCUCUCAAUUCAUAUUUCCGCAAUUGUGUUUUUCUGAUGAAGAUGAAGAAUUGUGGGUUGAGGAUCCUGUUGAGUAUAUACACAAAAAAAUGGAUUUCCUGGAGGACUUUACGUCACCAUCUGUGGCAGCUAUAACUUUCCUGAUGGACCUGGCACGACAUAGGAAAAGAUAUACAUUCAUGGGAAUAAUGGGGUUCAUCAACACAAUACUCACAACUUAUCUUUCGGCUACCCCGGAGAAUCAAAAUCCGCGACAGAAAGAUGGUGCCCUUAAGAUGCUUGGCUGUUUGUCUGACAUGGUUCUCCGUAAAAAAUACGGUGUUGCACACCUAAUGGAGGGAAUUUUCUUGAAUCACAUUUUUCCGGAGUUCUCAAGUCAAUACCCUUAUUUGAGAGCAAGAGCGUGUGACAUGCUUGUAAAAUUUGACGAAUUGGAUUUUGAACAUGAGUCCAGUCUUGCCACCGCGUUUCAAGGCGUCACAAUUUGUAUGAGCGAUUCUGAACUCCCGGUAAAAGUUCAAGCGUGCUUGGCCUUGCAAUGCCUAAUGCGUCACGAAUCUGUACGCACCGCUUUAAUACCUGAUCUACCAAUUAUAAUGCAAAAAUUGCUUGAACUCACGAAUCAGAUUGAUAGUGACACUCUAUCUACUGUAAUGGAAGAAUUCGUUGAAGUCUUUGCAGAGGAAUUGAGCCCUUUCGCUGCUCAAUUGUGUGAACAACUAAGAGAUACUUUCCUUCGGAUAAUGCAAGACUUUCAGGAUGCUCCUGCAGAAGAUAUCGAUUCCCCCGAAGAUAUGGAAAUAAGUGAAAAAACAAUGGCCGCCACAGGAGUGCUCAAAACCAUUACUACUCUGAUCUUAAAUCUAGAGAGUACACCCGAAGUUUUGUCUCAAUUGGAGAAUGUGCUCUUACCCAUUAUUAGCUUCACGUUGAAAAAUACAAUCGCUGAAUUGUAUGAUGAUGUUUUUGAUAUUAUUGAUAGUUGUACUUUCUCCACAAAACAAAUUUCCCCCACAAUGUGGGGAGUGUUCGAAUUGAUUUACAAUACCUUUAAGGGAGAUGGCACAGAAUCUGGAAUAGAUUAUAUUGAAGAGAUGCUUCCUUCAUUGGAUAAUUUUAUAUCUUAUGGCACUCAAGCGUUUUUGCAAAAUGCCAAAUUCCCGGCAAUGAUACAUGAUAUUAUAGACACCGUCAUGAAAAGCGAUCGCCUGAAUGAAAAUGAUCGCAUUUGUGCUUGCAAGUUGAUUGAAUCCGUAUUGUUGAACUGUCGCGGAUAUGUAGACCAGUUCGUCGAACCGUUUCUUGAUCUCUCUCUUCAUUAUUUGUCUGACGUAAAAAAAAUCACAAGUAUCCCUUUCAGGAUUCAUUGUAUCGAAGCCGUCAUAAAUUGCCUCUAUUAUAGCCCACGUAUUACCAUUCAUCAUCUCGAAAAAUGCGGAAUGACUCAGGCAUUCUUCACGUUAUGGUUUGAGAAUAUUAACAAGUUUUCGCGUGUUCACGACAAAAAGCUUGUUAUCGUCGCCCUUUGUGCCCUGAUUGAAAUGCCAGUCGAACAGUUACCGCAAGCUUUGCAAGCUGGUUGGCCACAGGUAUUAGAUGGCAUCCUGACAGUUUUUAAAACAUUGUCAAAGGCUGAAGAGAAUCGACAGCGUAUGGAAAAAGCAGGUACAGAUGGCGAUGAUUCUCUGGAAGAUGAUUUUAACUCUUCGGAACUUAAUGAUGAAGUGGAAGAUGACGAUCAGGGUGACGAGAAUAUAAUUGAUGAAGACACGCAAUAUUUGGAAUAUUUAGCGCGAGAGGAGCUCUUCUUUGAAUCACCUUUAGAUAAAUUAGAUGUAUACACAAGAUUUCAGGAAACUUUUGUGGGCGUACAACAACAUUACCCAACGUCAUACUCCCUACUCACGGAAAAUCUUGACCAGGAUAAACAAAAUUUCAUCUUGUCACUAUUCGAAAAAGCCGAACGACAAAAAAACCAAGAGAACGGUUCAAAAUAA